GACGUUGUCACAGCUUCCGUGUUGUUGGUUUGUUCCUUGUCUCUGUAAUGUACAUGUGGGUCUACUGGAGAGAUUUAAUCAUAAACAGCAGGUCAGGCUGAGUGGUGAGUAUGGAUCCUGGCAGUAUGGAACCUGGCAGUGUGGACAGUCUGAGGGAACCGACCAGUGUGCAACCAGGCAGCAGUAUGGAACCGGCCUGUGGUGUGGAAACGACCAGGGGUGUGGAACCGUCCAGAGGUGUGGAACCCGCCAGGGGUGUGGAACCGUCCAGGGGUGUGGAACCGUCCAGGGGUGUGGAACCGUCCAGAGGUGUGGAACCCGCCAGUGUUGACAGUCUGAAGGUUCUGUAUCAGAGCUGUGACUACAUCAUAGUGGAUAAGCACUGGGACAUCCGCAUCGACAGCAAGAUGUGGUACGAGAAACACACUGUCCAGAAACAGUUGGGACUCCGCUUCCCUGGGCUGGCCGACCCUGGGACGUACUAUGGAUUCAGGUUCUGUCACCAACUGGACUACUCCACCAGUGGGGUUCUGUGUGUGGCUCUGAACAAGGCUGCUGCUGGCCGGGUCUACCACUGUUUUAAAGACCGCAGAGCUACCAAGGUUUACCUAGCACUGGUGAGAAGCUGGGUAGAGGAGGAGAAGAUGACUAUAGACUUCUCCAUCGGUGAAAACACCACAGAGGGAAGAACACACAUGAUGUGUAUCCAAGGAACAGACGGUUGUGAGAACCCCAAGCCCUGUCGGUCUCAGCUCACCGUGUUGGAGUACGGAGAAUAUGAUGGAGACCCUGUUACCAAGGUGAUGCUGCAGCCUCUCACAGGUCGUACCCACCAGCUGAGGGUUCACUGUGAGGCGGUAGGGCACCCCAUCGUAGGAGACUACACCUACAGCCUGGGAGAGGACAGCGCCCCCUAUCGCAUGAUGCUGCACGCACACCUCCUACACCUCCCUCUGGAGCCGCUCCCCCUGCAGGCCGCCGCCCCCGACCCCUUCACCACGCCCACUGACCCCCGCUGGCGCCCGCAGCGCUGCCUCCGGACUGUAGAGGGAGUCGUGGAGACCCUGCUGGAGCACAGGGCGGCGGAGGACAGGACAGAGCGGGAGGAGAAGAAGAGACAGCAGGAGGAGAGGAGGAGGCAGCAGGAGGAGAGGAGGAAGAGGUGGAGGGGGAGAGAGGAGAGUGAGGAGCAGAGGAGGAUGUGUCAGCAGUGGUUGUCUGAGUGGACUGAUGUCUGAAUUCUCCUUCUCCUCUCUUCAUCCCCAUCCCUUCUCCUCUCUUCAUCUCCAUCCCUUCUCCUUCUCCCCUCUUCAUCCCCAUCCCUUCUCCUUCUCCCCUCUUCAUCCCCAUCCCUUCUCCUUCUC